GUGGCCACCAUCGGGUCUAGCCCGGGCAGCUUCUUGGCGUGGAGCACGUUCCCAGCGUUCAACAGGCUCCAGGAGGACCGGCUGCGAGUCCCACUCCUGUCGACUAGAGAAGAAGACAAAAAUCAAGAUGGCAAAAUGGAUCGGUUGCAUUUUAAAUUGGAACUUCCACUACAACCUACAGAGCAUGUAGUUGGUGUUCAGCUGAUUCUACUCUUUUCCUACCAGCUUUACAGAAUGUCAACACUUGUGAUGCAGAGCAUGGCUUUUCUUCAGUAUUUUUCUCCUGUGCCAGGGUCUCAUCUCUAUAUGAAUGGAGACCUGAAACUGAACCAGAGGCAAUUACUUAACCCUGGUGGACUGGAUACCAGAUACAAUGUGUCUGUGGUCAAUGGCACAAGUCCUUUUGCGAGUGACUACGAUCUGACAAACAUCAUUGCAGCAUAUUGGGAUAGAAAUGUGACAACAGUCUUUUCUGAUCCCAACCCUGUUUGGAUGACUGGAAGAGCAUCAGAUACACCAUUUAUCAUCAACGCUACUAUUCAUUACCCAGUGGAAGUUAUUAAAUAUCAGCCAGGAUUUUGGGAAAUUAUUAAAUUUGCUUGGAUCCAAUAUGUCACCAUUCUUCUUAUCUUUCUUUGGGCAUUUGGUAGGAUAAAGAUGUUUGUGUUCCAGAAUCAGGUGUUGACUACAACUCCAAUAUCACCAGUUCUGCCGGUGUCUCCAGUGCUGACCUACAAACAGCACCAGUCCUGA